AGAGAGAGACAAAGAGAGAGAGAGAAAGUAUGCAGGUAGAUAGACCAAGGCAUUAGGUGUCCUAUUACAGAUACUAGUUUGGUGUUGUUUUGUCAGCAGGGGCUGGGUCAUCCACAACAAGUCCAUGUGGAUUUCAGCAGCACGGAUACACACAGAAACACACCGGCAGUCAUUAAUACAGCAGCAGAUUUUCACCGCAGCCGGACAAGUUAGGCGGCCUGCAUGAUAGAUUAAGUACCACUGCCUGUGAAUUGAGAGACAACGAAUAGGGUAGGAGAAGGACGAGAGAGAGAAAGACAGGGAGAGAGAAGAACCGUACGGACCGGCACAGAGUUGCGAGAGGUAGAACUUCAGAAGCAGAGGGAGAGAAGGCACAAGGCGAAGGGGAAGGGAGAGACUGUUGAAGGGAGUUCUACUUGCUCCAGAGACCGAAGGGCAGUGCAUCCUCUGUACCCUGUGAUCUGGGCCAGCUGAGAGGGGACUUCUGCACCAUGGAUACUGACACCUGCCUUGCUGAAGAAAGCAAUAUACCAUUAAAUCCUAGGCAACAAGUUGAAGUACGGCCUGGUAUGAAACGAAAGCCCAUGACGGCUCUGAACUCCCAGAAAGAGAAGUCCUCGUCGAGGAAUAGGGUCCUGAUCACUGUGUUGAUGGUACUGGUAGUGCUAGGGAUCCUGGCCACGGCUGGCUACUUCAUCGCGCAGCUGAUCAACAGUAAGUACUUCUUCUGCUCCCGGUCGGUGAAGUUCAUUUCCCUGGACAAAGCAUGUGAUGGGAUGGUGGACUGUUCAGGAGGAGAGGACGAGCUCACCUGUGUGGCCAGCAUGACGGUCAACACUACCUUCCCAGUGCGUCUGGUCUCUGAGCAGAGUGUUCUCCAGAUCUACAGUGCCGGGACAGGAUGGAGGAGUGUGUGUAGUGAGGACUGGACCCAGCAGCACACAGAGAAAGCCUGUCAACAGCUGGGCUACACCUAUAAACCCAACAGUAGUAGUAUCUCUGUGCAGAACUUGUCCUCGUCCCUGAAGACAGGACCGUUCUCAGGGGUCAGGGUCGCAGCUGAAACCACCCCCUUUUACCAGACUGUCAUUGACCGCCAAGUGUGUAACUCAGAAUCCGUGAUCUCCCUGACCUGCUCCGACUGUGGAGAGCGGGGGCAAUCGGACCGUGUCGUGGGGGGUGUGGAUGCGUCUAUAGAAGACUGGCCGUGGCAGGUGAGCCUUCAGCAGAACGGACAACACACCUGCGGAGGGUCACUGGUGUCAUCACGCUGGGUCAUCACAGCAGCACACUGCUUCUCUGGUAGUAAGAAGGAGCUGAGUCGCUGGCAGGUGGUGUCUGGGAGGACUUACAUGGGCACCCUGGGAGGCUCAUAUGUAGACAGGAUCAUACUGAACGGAGACUACAAUGCAGCCAGCAACGACUACGACCUGGCCAUGAUGAGGCUGACCAAACCCAUCACUGUAGGAAACUCUCGUCGGCCCGUGUGUUUGCCCCCUAAGAACCUGGGCCUGAAGGCAGGAGACUCUAUGACGGUGACGGGCUGGGGCUACCUCCAUGACAAGGGUAAAGUGUCUCCUGUCCUCCAGAAGGCAAUCCUUCCCCUUAUAGACAGUGAUCAGUGCUCUAGUCCCACUGUCUACGGUGACUCAAUUACUCCCAGAAUGCUUUGCGCGGGUUACCUGGAGGGCAAAGUGGAUGCAUGUCAGGGAGACAGUGGUGGUCCUCUAGUGUACCUGUCAGAACAAUGGCAGCUGGUGGGGGUGGUGAGUUGGGGGAUCGGCUGUGCCAGAGAGGGUCAACCAGGGGUCUACUGCAACGUGGACGAUAUGCUCAACUGGAUCCACACUGUCAUGGAGAAAAACCCUUGACGCCUCAAAACAUGACCAAAAGCCAAUGCUCUAUUGGGUUGGGCCACCUGAAUGGAUUUCAGUGGAUCUACAUGGAGCUCUGUUAUGGGAAUAGAAGAGGAAUCCUCUUCGAAGUGCAAUUUAAAACACCUACAAGAAUACAUAACACACACACACACACACACACAAAUUUAACUUAUUGUAUAAAUGUAACAGGUUCUAUAACAGGUUGUUUACAGUGUGACAUGUGCCAUUUUCGGUGCCUCAGGGACCACUGACGUGGUAGUGUAACAAUGUCGCUGGAGACGACAGUCGGUCUAGGGCUGCGUCCGAAAUGGCACCCUAUUGCCUUUAUAGUGCACUACUCUUGAUCAGAGCACCAUGGUUCAAAGUAGUGCACUAUCGAGGGAGUAGUGGGCCGUUUGGGACGAAGCCUGGGCUUUCCACAUGGCUGAGUACUUUUGAGACAGGACUCUCACCAAGUGCCUCUGCUUUCUUUUUGUCAAUGAGGUUGCGAGAAGGCAGCCAUACACCAACUGUACUUGACCACGUUUUAUAAAUGUAAAGUCGUCAUGUGACCACAUCUUUAUGUGCUUAUUGACAUGCAUUGCACAAUGUUCAACAUGUUCACCCAACUUUCCAUGGGUGAAAUGUCUUCAUGAAAAUAUAUUGGUGAUGAAGUUUUGUCAUGCAGUUGAAAAUCGCAUUUUACCUCAUGUUAAAUGAUCCUCAAGUACGGUGCGGUGACGUGAACCUUUCUUCAUAUUAUGUGUCAUUGGAGGGGGCGUUAGCCGUACUGUACAUACCGUCAUGGAUUCACUUUUACACUUUCAGGUGGUCAGACCUAUUCACUAUGUGCCGACAGAUUUCCAUUGGGCAAUCGGAAUAAUCCUUACUUGCACUACAUGUACACGGUUCUGAUUUAAUAGCGUGUAUUUUUUUUUUAGACAUUGUGAACAUUUGAGUGUUUUCUUUAAAUAUUGUUUACUAUGUAGAAAUGGUUGUCUGUGUAAGAUAGAAAUGUGUCUGUAUUUGUUGGUACGUUUGAUAAAGGGGAUGCCUGUGUUCAAUAAAUGAUCAGAUUUGGAUUGGGAUGAACUUUGA